AUGGACGGAUCCGACGGCAACAAUCCCAGCAACGGCGGCUCCCCGACCAGCCCGCCACAGCAGCAGCAGCAGCAACAGCGCAUCCACCCCGGCGACAGCAGCCGCGCCGUGCGGGCCGAGCUCGAAGCCCGCCGCCGCGCCACCGUCGAGCGACAGCGCCGCUACGCCCCCGGCGCGCACGAGCAAAUCGGCCGCGUCACGCCGCCGCGGGCGCCGACCGCAUGGCACUGGUACGUGGCGUACUCGGCGGCGCUGGGCGUGACGGUCCGCGCGCCGCUGCUGGCGUACAGCGCCGUGUACGAGCAGGGACAGAUGCGCAAGGAUCCGCGGCUGCGCGCGCUGCUCCGGGAGGGCGGGGACGACGAGCACGGGCAGGGUGGUUUCAGCCCAGGGGAACAGGAGAGCGGCGGCGGCGAGGGGUGGAACGAUGUUGCGCAAUACAAGGCGUCGUAUACCGGGGAGGACACGCAGCAGCAGCAGCAGCAGCAGUCCAGUUGGGAGACGUACAAGCAGACAACGCAGCAGCAACAGACGCCCCCUCCGCAGCAGUACGGUCAGAGCACGCAGUCCCAAGGAAGCGCCGGCUGGGGCAGCAGCAGCAGCAGCAGCAGCAGCAGCAGCUCCGGAUGGGAUAGCUCCGACUUUGACGACGCCUCGCCCGUCGCAGCAUCCGCACAAAACGCUGGGUCAGCCUACGGCAACAACAGCAGCGGCUCCGCGUGGGACCGUCUCCGGCGACAAUCACAAGGCGCAUCACCUCAGCAGCAGCAGCAGCAGCAGCAACGACAGCCGCCGCCGCCACCGUCGUCGUCGGGCGGCUGGGGCGACUCGGGAGACGGCGCGGACCGCGCGGCGCAGGACAGGGCGCAGACGGACUUUGACCAGCUGGUUGAGCGCGAUCGUCAAGGGCAGCAGGGACAGGGACGCUCUGGUUGGGGUGAUCGGUAA